CUGUCGGUUCAAAAGUUCUGAAUUCCAAAGUAUUACAUUUUUACAAUUACUGCAUUGUUCUUGUAAUUGUUUAAGACAGUCUAGGAAAUUUGAUACAUAACCCAUUAUUUGUAGGGAUUCCGAGUUAUUUAAACCAACAAAAUAAAAUUUCACAUGGGACUUAAACCACAAUGUUGGCCCGUCAAGGAGAAGAUAUUUAUAUUUUUCUGCCGGGGCGUAUACGAAAUAAAGAAAACAAGGCCGCAAACUCCAGAACUCUACUACCGCAAUCACGACCAAAACCACUCGUACGCCUUUUUUCACAUGGAAGAUGACCUGCGUGUCUUCUUCAUGACGAUUGGAAGGAGUCGGCUGCACCAUUUUGAUUGGUUUCAAGUCGAUAAAAUGGGGAAAUUCGUCCGAAACGAAACACCCAUCUACGACUAUCACACCAGUUUCGCCUGUGUUAACAAAGAGAACCGCUUUCUACACAGACUGCUGAAAGAAUGCAUGGAUAAGGAGGCCAUGUUUAACACGAGUUUUGACCACUAUCCCGAAAUGAUGGUAUUGCAUUUUCCCCAGACCAGAGCUCCAACCUAUACGGCAUCCUUUGGUGACAGCACGCUAUAUUUUAACUGGCUAAUAUGUCUUCUUGGGCUGUUUCUCCUCUUUUGCUGCCUGAAAUAAAACCAUAUUCACAACACAA